CGAACUCGGAAUAAUCCGUCGAGGUACCAGUACUAGCUUGGACGGAAGUGUAUAUCUCUGAGGGUUUUUCGUGCUUAAGCAGCUCAACUUGACAUUCCACCGCCUCCUCCAACCGCUUUCACGAGCACCACUAGACUCCCGAGACAAGGUAGACAUCAAUCCAAUCUCUCACUUGAGGGCAAGCAUUGGCAUUAUACCAGAACACAGCAGAACAAGGCAGAAAAAUCACAAACAAGAUGGCUAUCGCUCUUCACAAGUCCCCUCUUUCGGCUCGCUUUGGGCUGCGUCCACCACUAACUCUGGACUACAGACUGGCCAGAAGACCGCUUGAUGAUUCACUGUGUGGUGAGCUCUAUUGUCUACCACUGCCUGCUCUCUAUCUCCUACUUCAUCUGGUACUUCUUCCAGCGCCGCUACACCACAAAGCACUUCGCAGAAAACGACACAAUUAGAACCCAUCGGAACGGCAUCGCCAGCAGCCUUGGAGCCUUCGACUCUCACCGAGUAUCC